CUAAUCUCACUCAAAUUCAGAAAAUCUCUCUUUAAUUUUCUUCUUAUCUCUCUCCUCAGCCCUCAUUAUAUCUCUCUUUUCUUUUCUUCAUCUCAGAUUUUCUCUUAAAAAACAAAUAAAUUUUCGUUCACAAAUGGAGAAAUCUAAUCUUGAUCGAAUAAUGGAUGUUUUGUUCUCUGAUGAUCUUGGUUCAGAAGAAAAAUAUGAGGGAGAAAUGUCACUCCACAAACCUGCUCAAGAAGAAGGAACUAAUUGCUUGGGCUUCAAUUUCGCACCAAUUGCACAAGUCAAUGAUUUUGAAAUGUCUUUGGAAAACAUUACUAGAAUUAGGAACUACGAGGCGAUAUACCAAGAAUGCAAAGCUGCACUAGAAACACCUUCUCCUGCUCCUUCAACACAACAAGACUCUCAGUCUAAAAAAUAUUCAAUCAAUGCAACCCAAGUUGCAUCUUGUAUGCCACAAUAUGUUGCAAAUGCAACUCCAAUUCCAGCCAUUCCUCUAGUGGAGCAAGGCAACUUAGCUGCAAUAGCAAACAAUAUUGAAAUGGAUGCAACUCCUAAUCUUUUGCUCAAACAAGACUCUGUGACUCUUACAACCACAAAGUUUGCAGUCAGUGCAACUCUUCCCACUUCUUGUAGGCAAGAAGAUUUUGUUGCAACUCGAACUCUUGUUAUUAUUCCUUCAGUCAAACAAGGCAACCCUUCAAGAAAAACAAACGAUACUGAAAUGAAUGCAACUCCUCCGAACCCUUUGCUCCAACAAGACUAUGUGACCCCUACAACUACAGAGUGUGCUAUCAAUGCAACUCUUGCUACUCCUUGUAUGCAAGGAGAUCUUGCCAAGGCAAAAUCUUGUGUAGGUGAUGAUGCAAAUCCAACUACAACUCUUGCCAAUUCUCAUUUGGUGAAACAAGGCAACCCUUGUGGAAUAGCAAUCAAUACAGAAAUUGAUGCAACUCCUCCUAAUCCUUUGCUCCAACAAGACUCUACGAUUACAAACCUUGUGCUUGAUGCAGCUCCUCCUUCCAUAAAAGACCGUGGGAUGAAUGAGAUUAUUGUCAUGAGUAAUGGAGAAGAUGCGACGGUUGUAAAGCAAGGGAUAAAAAAAGCAAAUGUGCAGGCUCGUGGUGCUAGAAUGAAAAAUAGAAUAAAACUACCUGCUCCCUGGUUAGAUAACUACACAGUUGAAAAUAAACCUCGAGCAUCAUCUAAGCUGAUUGAUACGUUUGAAAAACAAAAUAGUGAAAAAAAAUCUAGCUCACCUAAGAAGAAGAGAAAGAAGACAGCUAGUGAAAAUCAGGAGGGGACGAAUUCAGCUCCGACCAUGAACUUGGAUGAAAAAAAUUCAACUGUAUUGGAAGGAGGUAAUGAGGAGGAAGGGAUGGAAGCAAAGGUAAACCUGAAAGAAGGAAAUGUCAAAAAGCAACAGGAGGGAGAGGGAAGCCAGGAAGGAGGAAUAAUGGCAAGGCAAACUCCAAACUCAGAAUCUGCGUUCAAAUUUGAUGACAGUGGUUUUGUUGAUGUUCCGGUCUUAUACUGUGCUGAGGAGAUUAAAAAUCUGUUAUCGAGCAAUCAAGGAGCAAUGACUAGUGCAGCGAGCCAGCAUGAGAAGGUAAUGCCAGGAUACAAGGAACACAUUGGAAAUGAUUGUCAAACAAGCUGGAAAAGCAGUGAGUUAGAUGAACUAAAAGCAACCAAAUUAGCCUUGGAAACCAUGGAAGCACAGUUUAAUGCGACCAAACAAGCAUUGACAAUCAUGGAAGCAAGGCUUGAUGGUAUAAUUGAGAUUGAGAGGCAGAAUCGGAGACUGCUUCAGGCUUUAAAUAAUGGCACCAAGAAUUUAACUCCCCCGGAGUAAGCCAUCUCAAGGCAGCAAAGACACAGUGCAUCAGUACUGUAUUAGCUGUGGGGGUUGGAAGCAGAGUUACCACCAUCAGCUAUUUCGUUGCCUGUUUAAGACAAACUUCGUGCAGUUGCUUUGUUCAUGACUUGGAUUUUUUUUCUUUUAUUUGGCCAAACAUGAAUUGAAUAUUUUAGGACAGUGAUAUAAGAAUAGUCUUUUUAUACUAGUUUUUUAUAUAAUUUUUAUAUGUUAUUAAAUAAGUGAAUAUAUU